GCUGCAACAGGAAGCACGAGCACUUUCACCGGAAACGAGGCACAGCAGCAGCAGUUGUUGUUGCUCGAGAGCUGCUGCUGUAAUGGCGGUGUCUCGUCGCUCGUCGCAGCAGAGCGCCCUGCAGUCUCCGCCGAGAAACGGCUCUCUCUCGGCCGCACUCCCGGCCUCAGCGUCGAUGUCUCUAAUCCCAUCGGUCGUCGCUAGCCCUGAGAAUGAAAAAGAAUGUAGCGGAGUCACGGAGAUGGCCCUGGCCUCCCCAGACCUCACAGCCCCGGUCCUAGCGAGCAGCGCCAGCUCCACUAGCUCAACCUCUGGCAGCAGCGUCGUUCCCAGCCCCGGCUCUGGAGCUAACAGUCCCAGCGAAGGCAGCAGUGGCGUCGGCGGGGCGUUCAGGGAGUUGUUCGAGGCCUGUCGUAACGGAGACGUGUCCAGGGUGAAGAGGCUGGUGGAUUCGGUCAACGUGAAUGCGAAGGACAUGGCCGGUCGGAAAUCGACUCCGCUUCAUUUCGCUGCGGGUUUUGGCAGGAAAGAUGUGGUGGAGCACCUCCUGCAGACGGGGGCCAACGUUCACGCCCGGGACGACGGCGGACUCAUCCCCCUGCACAACGCCUGCUCCUUCGGCCACGCCGAGGUGGUCAGUCUCCUCCUGUGUCAGGGCGCAGACCCCAAUGCCAGAGACAACUGGAACUACACGCCGCUCCACGAGGCCGCCAUCAAGGGCAAGAUCGACGUUUGCAUCGUGUUACUUCAACACGGAGCUGAUCCGAAUAUUCGGAACACCGACGGCAAAUCUGCGCUGGACCUGGCCGACCCUUCGGCCAAGGCUGUUCUCACAGGUGAAUACAAGAAAGAUGAACUCCUGGAGGCAGCGAGGAGUGGAAACGAAGAGAAGCUGAUGGCGCUGCUGACUCCGCUCAACGUCAACUGUCACGCAAGUGAUGGCCGCAAGUCAACAUCCCAAAAAAUGCUGUCCACCCCCCUCCACCUAGCCGCCGGCUAUAACCGCGUCCGCAUCGUUCAGCUUCUCCUCCAGCACGGAGCGGACGUUCACGCCAAGGACAAAGGUGGUCUGGUUCCGCUGCACAACGCCUGUUCCUACGGUCACUUCGAAGUCACCGAGCUUCUGCUCAAACACGGCGCCUGCGUGAACGCCAUGGACCUGUGGCAGUUCACCCCCCUCCACGAGGCGGCCUCCAAGAACCGGGUGGAGGUCUGUUCCCUGCUGCUGAGCCACGGUGCCGACCCCACUCUGCUGAACUGCCACAGCAAGAGCGCCGUGGACAUGGCCCCCACCCCGGAGCUCAAAGAGCGACUCACAUAUGAGUUUAAAGGUCACUCGUUACUGCAGGCUGCCCGGGAGGCCGACAUGGCCAAGGUGAAGAAGACUCUGGCUCUGGAGGUCAUCAGCUUCAAACACCCCCAGACCAAUGAGACGGCUCUGCACUGCGCUGUGGCUUCUCCGCACCCCAAAAGGAAACAGGUGACGGAGUUGCUGUUGCGCAAAGGCGCCCACAUCAACGAGAAGAACAAAGACUUCAUGACACCGCUGCACGUUGCCGCCGAACGAGCUCACAACGACAUCCUGGAGGUUCUGCAGAAACAUGGAGCAAAGGUCAACGCCCUGGACACCCUGGGUCAGACCGCCCUCCACAGAGCUGCCAUGGCUGGACACAUCCAGACCUGUAAGCUGCUGCUGGGCUACGGGGCCGAUCCUUCUAUCGUGUCUCUGCAGGGAUUCACCGCUGCCCAGAUGGGCAACGAAGCUGUGCAACAGAUCCUCAACGAAAAUGUUCCUACGCGGAAUUCUGACGUGGACUACAGAUUUCUGGAGGCGGCUAAAGCAGGAGACCUGGACACAGUGCAGCAACUCUGCACCCCCCAGAACGUCAACUGUCGGGACCUAGAGGGGCGCCACUCCACUCCCCUUCACUUCGCAGCUGGUUACAACCGAGUGGCUGUGGUGGAAUAUCUGCUGCACCACGGAGCUGACGUCCACGCCAAAGACAAGGGCGGUCUGGUCCCUCUCCACAACGCAUGCUCCUAUGGUCACUACGAAGUUGCUGAGCUGCUGGUCAGACACGGAGCUUCAGUGAACGUGGCAGAUCUGUGGAAGUUCACGCCUCUUCACGAAGCUGCUGCCAAAGGCAAAUAUGAGAUCUGCAAACUGCUGCUCAAACAUGGCGCUGACCCUUCCAAGAAGAACCGUGACGGCAGCAUGCCCCUGGACAUGGUUAAGGAUGGAGACACAGACAUCCAAGAUCUGCUGAGGGGCGACGCCGCCCUGCUGGAUGCUGCAAAGAAGGGCUGCUUGGCCCGAGUCCAGAAACUUUGUUCCCCAGAAAAUAUCAACUGCAGAGACACGCAGGGACGCAACUCCACCCCGCUCCACCUGGCAGCCGGCUACAACAACCUGGAGGUGGCGGAGUAUUUACUGGAGCACGGGGCCGAUGUAAACGCCCAGGACAAAGGAGGCCUCAUCCCUCUACACAAUGCUGCUUCUUACGGGCACGUGGACAUCGCAGCUCUCCUGAUCAAGUACAACACCUGCGUCAACGCCACGGACAAGUGGGCGUUCACGCCUCUCCACGAGGCGGCGCAGAAGGGUCGCACACAGCUGUGUGCCCUGCUGCUGGCCCACGGAGCCGACCCUACCAUGAAGAACCAGGAGGGGCAGACGGCUCUGGACCUGGCCACGGCUGACGACAUCCGGGCGCUGCUGAUGGAUGCCAUGCCGCCGGACGUUCUGCCCAGCUGCUUCAAGCCCCAGGCCACGGUGGUCAGUGCUUCGGUCAUCUCUCCAGCCUCCACACCGUCCUGUCUGUCCGCUGCCAGCAGCAUAGACAACCUGGCCGGUCCGCUCACCGAGCUAGCUGCUGCCGCCAGUGCCUCUGGCGCCUCUGGCGUAGCGGACGGCGCCUCAGGCACGGACCGGAAAGAGGGAGAAAUGACCAUGCUGGACAUGAACAUCAGUCAGUUCCUGAAGAGUCUGGGCCUGGAGCACCUGAGGGACAUCUUUGAGAGGGAGCAGAUCACCCUGGACGUCCUGGCCGACAUGGGUCACGAGGAGCUGAAGGAAAUCGGAAUCAACGCCUACGGCCACAGACACAAGCUCAUCAAGGGGGUUGAACGGCUGCUGGGGGGCCAGCAAAGCGGAAACCCGUACUUGACAUUCCACUGUGCCAACCAGGGCACCAUACUGAUAGACCUUUCCCCGGAAGACAAGGAGUACCAGUCAGUGGAGGAGGAGAUGCAGAGCACCAUCCGCGAGCACCGGGACGGGGGCAACGCUGGAGGCGUUUUCAGCCGAUACCACAUCAUCAAGAUUCAGAAGGUCGUGAACAAGAAGCUGAGGGAACGCUACACACACAGGCAGAAGGAGAUCGCAGACGAGAACCACAACCACCACAACGAGCGCAUGUUGUUUCAUGGUUCUCCCUUCAUCAACGCCAUCAUCCACAAAGGCUUCGACGAGCGUCACGCCUACAUCGGAGGAAUGUUCGGCGCGGGGAUCUACUUCGCCGAGAACUCCUCCAAGAGCAACCAGUACGUCUACGGCAUCGGCGGAGGAACGGGCUGCCCCACGCACAAAGACCGCUCCUGCUACCUGUGCCACAGGCAAAUGCUUUUCUGUCGGGUCACCUUGGGAAAAUCCUUCCUGCAGUUCAGUGCCAUGAAGAUGGCCCACGCCCCCCCAGGUCAUCACUCAGUCAUCGGUCGGCCCAGUGUCAACGGCCUAGCAUACGCCGAGUACGUCAUCUACAGGGGAGAGCAGGCCUACCCAGAGUACCUCAUCACCUACCAGAUCCUAAAACCAGAGAGUGCCGCCCAGUCGGCCGCAGGAGCGGAGCAGAAGUCGUAGUCACGGAGGAGUGCGGUCGCACCCAAGGACUUGAAGUCGGUCAUUUCCUUCCAUUGUAAUGACAACGCCUUCAAUUACCAAACACAUUUCCAGUUUCCUGUCCAAGCAGGAAGCCGUGGUGACGUCACGUAUUCUUCCACCUUCCCCUGAAGACUGUUUUUUUUUUUUUUUUUUUUGGCAUUAACUGCGUGUUACCACAAAAGCAUGUAAGGCCCAGUAAAGUGUGUGGGUUUCACCCUGCGUCUUCCCCACCCUUCCACCAGGGGGGGCA